UAAUAACAAGUGGAAAAAAUAUUGAAACGUCAAAAAUGGUUUUCCGAGAUUGAAAUCGGAAUGAUAACAAAUAGUUGAAGCGAGGGUAUAAAAUAUUUACGGAAAAUAUUCGUGUGAAAAAUCCUAGAGUGUCAAGAAUUGGAGAUAUUCAAUUGUGUAAUGAAAAAACUGUUGGGUUACGAGGUGAAGUCACUUCGGGAGGUUAAUUUGUCAACUCAAUGUUCAUCAAGCAUUUGUGGUGAAUAAAUUCAGGCAUUUUUGUUAUAAAAUGGAUAAAUUGACAGUGAUAUCGGGAACAUUGUUUUUCGCUGCUGAUGUGUUUGCUGUCGCCAGUUUGUCGAUGCCCGAUUGGAUAAUUACGGAUGUUGGUGGUGAUACGAGACUAGGGCUGAUGUGGUCAUGUAUGACUCUGUACAACAGACCGCAGAUAUGCUACACCCCUGAUCUACAACCAGAGUGGUUGAUCGCCCUCGCCUGUAUAUUCGUAGGAUGUAUUUUAAUAACUGUUACGAUAAUUUUGCUGGCGUGUUCUCACUGGGAUAGACAUGUUAUUCCUUAUGCGAGAUGGGUCGGAUUUACUGCGAUGGUGCUCUUCUGCCUGGCAGCAGUGAUAUUCCCCAUGGGUUUCCACGUUGAUGAGAUCGGAGGCCAGCCGUAUCAGCUCCCCAACUCCCACCAAGUCGGAAUUUCUUACAUACUAUUCGUCCUCGCACUCUGGAUAACAGUCAUAUCCGAGUUAUUCGCUGGGAAAGUGUGUUUGCCCCAUUUCUAGCAGGACAUCAGGUGUCCGAAGUUCUUCUACAUCAUCGGCAUCCUCACUCCCUUUUGUGUCUUCUUGCUCCUGCAGAAAACCAUUCUACUCUAUUACUUGGGUGGAUCGUCCGGGAAAAACGAUUGGAGAGAGUCUGACAGCAGAGGGUCUUACUACUAUUAUUAUGGGGGGAUUUUUGGAAAUAACGUGCCUCGAUGAGGUGAUUCUCCUCUUCAUCGUCAAUACGAUUUAUUUAAAGCAGUAUGAACCCAAUUCGAUAUUUAAGGGGAAGCCCUCUGACACUUGAAUAUCUGUGGUGACGUAAUAAACCUAUACAGUGAUUUUUUAUAUAUAACAUCUAAAAAAUUGUCCCUCGUCUUUCAGGGUAAAUCUUUCGAGUUUUUACCGUGUAAAUGAUUUUAUCGGUGGAAGGAAUUAUAUCGAAGAGAGAUAGAGAGAAUUUAGGGGAAGUAUAAUCGAAAAAGGAAGUGAAAUGUCUAUCUCGAUAUUUACUUGUUGAUCAAUCGCUUAUAGCUCGACAACUCGCAUUCUUUCCUCCGAGCUGGCCCGGAUAACAUCUCUCAGUAUAUUUCUGAACUGUGGGAUCCCAAAUUUCUGAAGGUUCACGGACACUGAUAGACUGAUUCAUUUAUUCCAAACGAGAUUCGUUAACUAUUAACGAAUGGUAGUGUUGAAUAUGACGAAAUGAAUAUUCAUUAGUAGUUAACGAAUGGUUCCCUUGAAAAGUAAAAAUCGAGUCGAAUAAGGCCCCUCAAAUGUGCGUUUGUUAACUACUAGAUCUGUGCGCGCGCUUUCGCGCAUGCUUAUCUUUUUGUUGUGAAAAUGAAGAAAACGAAUUUAUUAA